GGUCUAGAACAAGAUAAAUUCAACAGCCGUCCCUUUUAUUUAUUCAUAGAAUUGUGUAUAAAAAGCCUCCCUCUCCAUCAAGGCACCAUCUGUGUGGCAAACAGUUCUGAAGUUUGCAGCAAUGGCGCCCCAGUUUGCAGCAGCAGGAUUCCUCACCGGCCUUCUUGCUCUUGCAACAUUUGCAAGCUGCAACACUGAAGGUGACAUACUGUACAAGCAAAGGUUGGCAUGGGAGGACCCAAACAACGUGCUGCAGAGCUGGAAUUCGACGCUUGCCAAUCCCUGCACCUGGUUCCAUGUCACCUGCAACAACAAUAACUCUGUCAUCCGCGUGGAUUUGGGCAAUGCAGGCAUCUCCGGUCCUCUGCUUCCAGAUCUUGCAGAAAUUCAGAACCUCCAGUACAUCGAGCUGUAUGGCAACGGCCUGAACGGUUCGAUUCCAGAAACACUAGGCAACCUGACUAAUCUCAUCAGCUUGGAUCUCUGGGACAACCUUCUUACCGGCGAAAUCCCAACUACGCUUGGUUAUGUCAGCACGCUGCGAUAUCUGAGGUUGUACCAAAACAACCUGACAGGGCCUAUACCAUCAUCGUUUGGCAACCUGACUAGCCUUCUGGAAUUGAAGCUUCAAGAGAAUUCGUUGAGCGGCGCUAUUCCGGCCUCCCUUGGCAACAUCAAAGCAUUACAAUUCUUGAGAUUAAACGAUAAUAUGCUGACUGGCACGGUUCCAUCGGAAGUCCUCUCCCUUGUCAUUUCUGGCAACCUGACUGAGCUAAAUAUUGCUAGAAACAACCUGGAUGGCACUGAGACAUCGUCUGGACUGAGAGUGACUGCGAUUAUCCAGGAUGCGCUGAAGACUGCAUGAUGGCUUGAUGAGUCCUAGGAUCAAGGCUUUGUUUUAAUUUGCUUUAUGCAAUCGCUGGAAAUAAAUGAAUAAUUCCAAUGGGGUGCAUUGGUCUAGACAUCUUGCAGUAGAAUAUGUUUGUCGAGUUUAGCUCAAUUUGUAUGGAAAUAAUGGAUAAUGUGAGUUAGACAUCUA